CAGGGCCCAGGCCUGGCGGGGGCAUCUGCGGGGGAAGGGGGCUCAGGGCUGGCUGCGGGGACCAAGGCCCAGGACAGUGACGCGGGGCCAGCUGAGGGAGCCAGGGGCCCCCAGCAAGGAGGAGCCUGGGGCUGGGGGGGGCAGCCCCGAGGGUCCCAGGCGCCCCUCCCCCGCUGACCUUGCGAUGACGGGGUAGCAGGCAGCUGGCCCCCAGCCCCACUGACCCCCGGCCCCCGGCCCCGCAGCCCGCAGCCGCCAUGCCUUUCUCCAACAGCCACAACGCGUUCAAGCUGCGCUUCCCGGCGGAGGACGAGUUCCCCGACCUGAGCGGCCACAAUAACCACAUGGCCAAGGUGCUGACCCCCGAGCUGUACGCCGAGCUGCGCGCCAAGUCCACGCCGAGCGGCUUUACGCUGGACGAUGUCAUCCAGACGGGCGUGGACAACCCGGGCCACCCCUUCAUCAUGACCGUGGGCUCCGUGGCCGGCGACGAGGAGUCCUACGAGGUGUUCAAGGACCUCUUUGACCCCAUCAUCGAGGACCGCCACGGCGGCUACAAGCCCAGCGACGAGCACAAGACCGACCUGAACCCCGACAACCUGCAGGGCGGCGACGACCUGGACCCCAACUACGUGCUGAGUUCGCGGGUGCGCACCGGCCGCAGCAUCCGCGGCUUCUGCCUCCCCCCGCACUGCAGCCGCGGGGAGCGCCGCGCCAUCGAGAAGCUGGCUGUGGAAGCCCUGUCCAGCCUGGACGGCGACCUGGCCGGCAGGUACUACGCUCUCAAGAACAUGACGGAGGCCGAGCAGCAGCAGCUCAUCGACGACCACUUCCUCUUCGACAAGCCCGUGUCCCCGCUGCUGCUGGCCUCAGGCAUGGCCCGCGACUGGCCCGACGCGCGCGGCAUCUGGCACAAUGACAACAAGACCUUCCUGGUGUGGAUCAACGAGGAGGAUCACCUGCGGGUCAUCUCCAUGCAGAAGGGAGGCAACAUGAAGGAGGUGUUCACCCGCUUCUGCACUGGGCUAAACCAGAUUGAGACACUCUUCAAGGCCAAGAACUACGAGUUCAUGUGGAACCCUCACCUGGGCUACAUCCUCACCUGCCCAUCCAACCUGGGCACCGGGCUGCGGGCCGGCGUGCACAUCAAGCUGCCCCACCUGGGCAAGCACGAGAAGUUUGGCGAGGUGCUCAAGAGGCUGCGGCUUCAGAAGAGGGGCACAGGUGGCGUGGACACUGCAGCCGUGGGUGGUGUCUUCGACGUGUCCAACGCUGACCGCCUAGGCUUCUCAGAGGUGGAGCUGGUGCAGAUGGUGGUGGACGGCGUGAAGCUGCUCAUCGAGAUGGAGCAGCGGCUGGAGCAGGGCCAGGCCAUCGAUGACCUGGUGCCCGCCCAGAAGUGAGACCCAUGCCCACUGCCUCUCUAGUCCUGCGCUUCCUUAUUGUCUGGAUAGCGCCUGCCACGCACCCGCACCCCGCCGCUCGCCGCCCCCCCGUGGCUGAGUCCCAGCCUCGCCUAGAGACUUCUUCUGUCACCCCGUCACCUCAGUAGAGUUUAUUUUUGUGAUGGCUAAGAUGCUGCAAAUGCUGAAAUAAACCAGGGCUUGGGCCUGC